AUGACCGGUUUGCCAACGCACGAAUUCAAGGUGGAAAUGACCUGCACCGGUUGCGCGGGGGCGGUGGAACGGGUCCUCGGAAAGCUAAAAGAAAAAGUCGAAAAGGUGGACAUCGAUUUGGAAAACAAGAAAGUUUUCGUCACCUCGACGCUUUCCUCCGACGAGCUGUUGGAAACCAUCAAGAAGACAGGCAAGGAAACGAGCUACAUUGGACUGAAAGCUUAGACUGCAUGCAAUAUGAAGGUGCGAUUCAGGGACGUUCUCAACUGUAAUUUCCUGGUAAUGAUAUUCUGCGGCAAUUAUAUGAAUGAGUCCAGUUUAUUUUCUUAUGUUACGAGUAUCGAAGCAAACGCGAUUAUGUUAGGAUAGCGUUUUUUGUUCUUAAAUUCGAACGAUUGAACCAGGAAGAAACGGUUAUUGUAUGUAGUAAAUGCGACAGGGAUUACGUACUGUGACUGGUUUAUGUAUGACCUCUAAUGCUAUUAAAAUAUAUUUCAAAUCUAUGUACAAUUGUAAAAUAAA